AUGAAAUUCUCUAAAUUGACUCUAUUAGCAUUACUUUCUGCUACAACAGUUUUUGGUCAACAAAUUGAAGACAAUCAAGACGUUCCAACUGAUGAAGAGGCAAUUGUCAUUGACAAUUCAGCAAAUGUUGAAAAUGAAAGACCAAAAGUCAAUUUCACAAUUACUUAUACAAUUUUAGAAAGACCACCAUAUGACAUUAGUGAAUUUUUAGAAUUUGAAACUGAAGAUGUCGCAACUUUAAACUAUACAAUAACAAACAAUGAAAAUUUCAAUUAUACACUAAAUUCUGUUGGUGGUUCAAUUAUGAGAUUUGAAAAUGGGUUUAAUGCAGCAAAUAUUACAUCAGGUAAAUUUAAUCCUGUAAUUAGACUAGAUGUUAAUCAAACUGUCUCUGUUCAACAAAGAGUUACAUUCUUAGAUAUGAAAGAUGAUGAUUACUAUAUCCAACCAAAGGUUUAUGUCCAAGAAUUAGAAGAAAAUGCUCAAGAAUUAGAAUUAGCCGCCCCAUUAACUUUAAUGACUAUUAUGAAACCACCAAUGUCAUUAUUUGAUCCACAAUUCUUAUCUGUUCAAAUCUUAAUUAUUGGUGUCAUCAUGGCCGUAUCCUACUUCUUUUUAAAUUUUACUUUGAACGGUAAGAAGAAGAAAACUAAUAACGCUAACAAAAACACUGUCUCCAAUAAAACUGUCGAUACUUCUUCUUUCUUACCUGAUCAAUAUAAGAAAUAA